AAAUAACUAAAUUAUAAAGCACAAGGCAAACUUUAAUUUUAUUAUACUAGCAAGCAAAGAAAGAAAGGAUAGAUAAAAAAUAAUACAAUAGUUUAUUACAUGGAUAGCAUAUAUUCAGAUGAUGACUCUCUUCCUACAUUCUAGGAAGCUGAUAUUUUGGCUUGUUUUUAAGAUAAAUCUCAAAUUAUAGAUAACUCAGACAAAAAACUUGAUGUCAGCUAUAGUAACAGGUUGCUUAAUUUCUUAAAGUAUGAUUAAAAUAAAGCAAGUACAAAAAAUUCCUUUUUAGAAUUAGAAAAUUAAUCAAAUGCAAAUGCUCUUUAGUAAGGAUAAAGCGAGUCAAAAGAAGUCUUUAAUCAAUCAUUUAUACCUCCUGAUGAAGAAGGAUAGUAAUUGAAAAUAUAGUAACAGAUUUAAUAAAAAGGAUUGCUUAAAAGACAAGAUGAAAAGAAGUCAUUUGCUAUACCUUUUAGCUCAUAAUAGUAAAUACAAAUUUAAAAUUAACAAAGAAUAAUGGAUAAGUUUGAUAGACCUCCACUCUCUUAAAGGCUAGACACUAGAUCAAAUCUUAUGAAUUCAACAACUUAAUAAAAUUUUAAAAAAGCAAACAAUAUUUCAUCAUAGUAGAGCUUAACUGAUCGAAAUCAUACUGAUGGCUUUAAUCCUUUUUAAGAUAUUGCACAACCCAUUAAAAGAGAAGUAUCUUCUGUAAGUUUAAGAAGCUCGAGGGAAGGAAAACUCUAAGCAGAAAAUAUAAAAAAUUUUUAUUUGGAUCUUUAAAAAUAAAUGGAAAAACCAAAAAUAAAUGAUGAAAACUACUCUGAAAAGGAAAAUUUAAAUCCAAAUAUUCAGUAAUAAAAUUCAAUUAAAUCAAUACAAGUAGAAGACAUUCAGCUCCAAAAAAAUAUAUUUUAAAAAAAAAAUAGCAAUAAAUAGUUUCAAAAUAUUGCUACUAUAGAUGAUAAAGUUAAAGGGAAAUAAAAUUAAUAGGCUAAGUAAACUUAGUAAGAUUUAUCAAAUAAUAAAGAAGAGGCUUAAUAAGUCAAGGUUCAUAAAUAAAGUGGGUAUCUUUUUAUUGAUGACGAGUAAAAUAGCAUCUCUGAGUCUAAAAACUCAAAUGAUACAGCAAAGCAAAUUGAUAACUAUCAAAGUCAAAAAGCUCUUUAAGAAUAAAAAUAAUAUUACCUUCAUGAAUAAAAAAAUAGCUUGGAGUAAAAUGAUAUUCUCUAAAUUGUUACUAAAAUAAGAGGAAUUAAGUAAUAAAUAGAUGAUGUAAAUAAAAUUAUAAAUUUGAAAAAGAAAGAGAUUGAUAAUUUUAUGAAAAGUUCUACUUUUUAAAAUUCUUCAAUUGCCCUUUAGAAGAGUAAGGAAGAAGAUCAAAAUACACUCAAAAAACUAACUGCUUCAACUGCUUUUCUCAACAUCAAAUAUUAAGAAAUGACUUAAAAUUGCAAUGAUUAUAUGCAAAAGAGAGACAAGCUUAAUUAUAUUUCAAAUUAAUGUGAAAGCACUCAAGAUUAGCUUAAUUAAGAAAAUACUAGCAGCUUUGUUAGUAAAUACAACAAUAAUCAUCUCUAAAAUUAUCUGUCAUAAAAUACUACAUAAAUAAAUAACUCUUCAAUAAUUUAAAUUUAAUCAAAUAGCAAAUAAAAUUGUCAUUAAAAUGGUUUUUAUUCUGCUAAUUAUGUUUAAAUCAGCAGCUCUAAUAAAUAAAACGCUGUAGUUUAAUAAAUGUAAGCUAGUAAAUCAAAUUCUAUUGAAAAAAGAGAAAAGGAAAGUAAUUCUAAAUCUUACGCUUCAUCUUCCAACAUAAAUACUCUUUGUACUUCUAGAAGUAACUAAAAAUCUUAAUAAAAUGGUUACUCAUAAGAUAAAAUUCAAGGCGAAGGAUUCUCAACUUAUAGGGAAUAUUCUUCUAAUAAAAAUCAAAGUUUUUGCAGCAACAAUUCGUUUUCAUAAAAUGAAUAACAAUUUUUAAAUUAAAACAAAUAAAACAUUUAUAAAAACUAAAAACCUCAAUCUUAUCAUCAAAAAUAAUCUGAUAGCUUAGCAAUUACUUCUUCUUAAUCUAAUUUUUAGACUUAAAGUUAAUGCCUUAGAACUAAAAGCUAAGAAAGUAAAAAUCAAAUUAGUAAGGAAAAUUCAGUUGUUUAUGAUCAAAACAAUUAGGUUUCUUCUCAAGAAAUGAUCUAAAACUUAAUUUCUAAGCUAAGCUUGAAUAAAUACACAAAUAAAUUAAAUAAAUUACUCCAAAAUCACCCUUAAAAUAUUCAAAGUAAUACAAAAGACCCAAAAAAUAUUUAUAAGUAAAGUGUAGAUUAGUAAAAAGCAUCUUAAAUAAUUCCAUAAAAGAUAAAUCCUUAGCUAGCAAAAGCUCCUUCGUAAUAAAAUUUAAUAACACAGAAUAGUAGUUAAUUUUAGCAAUAAAUUACAUAAUAACCAGUUAAAUAAGCAAGAUCUUAUUCUUAUUAAGAGAAAUUUUCUUUGCAAAAAUAGCAAUAACAAGCUAAAUAAAUUUGA